ACAAGAGCUAAGGUAUUGGAGUGUUGGGAAGUAGAGAAAAAUGAAAUAAAACGCUGUGCCCGCGGAGACAAUCUGAGUCCGGCCCCCCCGUAGCCGCGUUCUUCAACCCAACGUCGUCUUCUUCUGCUUCGGCGUCCAGCGCGACCCUCGUCUCCUUCAUUUCCGGCGUCUUCUUGAAAGAUAGGCCUGUGAUUUGUUUUUUUUGUUUAGCAGUUUGGUUUUGUUUUUUAUUUUCAGAUUCAACCCUCGGCCUUGAAAAAUUGUACUGUAUUUGUGUUGUGAGAUUAAUUUUUGCUUAAACCUGGAUAACCCUACAAUCCGAACUUGAAGCAAGUAGGAGCGAUCUAAAAGGGGGUCAAGAUGAGGAUUAUGAUAAAGGGUGGUGUUUGGAAAAACACCGAGGAUGAAAUCCUCAAAGCGGCUGUCAUGAAAUAUGGUAAAAACCAGUGGGCUCGAAUCUCUUCGCUUCUGGUUCGCAAAUCCGCCAAGCAAUGUAAGGCUCGGUGGUACGAGUGGCUUGAUCCUUCAAUUAAAAAGACUGAAUGGACACGAGAAGAGGAUGAAAAGCUUCUUCAUCUUGCUAAGCUUAUGCCCACACAGUGGCGAACAAUUGCUCCAAUUGUAGGCCGCACCCCUUCCCAGUGCCUUGAACGGUAUGAGAAACUCCUUGAUGCAGCCUGUGUCAAGGAUGAGAACUAUGAACCUGGUGAUGACCCACGAAAAUUGCGACCUGGUGAGAUUGACCCAAACCCUGAGUCAAAGCCUGCACGGCCAGAUCCUGUUGAUAUGGAUGAGGAUGAGAAGGAAAUGUUGUCUGAAGCACGAGCUAGGUUAGCCAACACAAAGGGUAAGAAGGCAAAACGAAAAGCUAGGGAGAAACAACUAGAAGAAGCCAGGAGGCUUGCCUCUUUACAAAAAAAGAGAGAAUUGAAGGCUGCUGGAAUUGAUAUCAGGCAGCGGAGGAGGAAAAGGAAAGGAAUAGACUACAAUGCAGAAAUCCCAUUUGAGAAAAGGCCACCUCCAGGUUUUUUUGAUGUUACUGAUGAAAACAGAGCAGUGGAGCAGCCUAAGUUCCCUACCACAAUUGAAGAACUUGAGGGAAAACGAAGGGUGGAUGUGGAAGCACAGUUAAGAAAGCAAGACAUUGCGAAGAAUAAGAUUGCACAAAGGCAAGAUGCCCCCUCUGCUAUACUGCAUGCCAACAAGCUCAAUGACCCAGAAACAGUUAGAAAAAGGUCAAAACUGAUGCUUCCACCACCCCAAAUUUCUGAUCAUGAAUUAGAAGAAAUUGCAAAGAUGGGUAGUGCUAGUGACCUUGUGGGGAGUGAGGAAAUUGCUGAAGGUAGUGGUGCAACACAUGCUCUUCUGGCUAAUUAUGCUCAAACGCCUGGCCAGGGAGUGACUCCUUUGCGAACUCCUCAGAGAACACCAGCUGGUAAAGGAGAUGCUAUCAUGAUGGAAGCUGAAAAUCUGGCAAGGUUGAGGGAGUCUCAGACACCGUUGUUGGGAGGAGAUAAUCCAGAGUUGCAUCCUUCAGACUUUUCUGGGGUCACUCCUAAGAAAAAAGAAAUUCAGACUCCAAAUCCUAUGUUGACCCCCUCUGCAACGCCUGGAGGUGCAGGUGUCACUCCUAGAAGUGGUAUGACACCAGCAAGGGAUGGCUUUUCUUUUGGCAUGACUCCAAAGGGAACUCCUCUUAGGGAUGAGCUUCGUAUCAAUGAAGACAUGGAUAUGAAUGAGAGCACCAAACUUGAGCUACGUAGACAAGCUGAUCUCAAAAGAAGCUUGCGCUCUGGUUUAAGCAGUCUUCCACAGCCAAAAAAUGAGUACCAGAUAGUUAUGCAACCAACUCCAGAAGAUGUUGAAGAACCUGAGGAAAAGAUUGAAGAGGAUAUGUCUGACAGAGUUGCUCGAGAAAAAGCUGAAGAAGAAGCUCGGCAACAAGCAUUACUUAGAAAACGAUCAAAGGUUCUUCAGAGGGAGCUUCCUAGACCUCCUGCUGCAUCUUUGGAACUGAUAAGAAAUUCUUUGAUUAUUGCUGAUGGAGAUAAGAGUUCGUUUGUUCCUCCUACUUCUAUUGAGCAAGCUGAUGAGACGAUAAGGAAGGAGCUUCUAAGCUUACUGGAACAUGACAAUGCCAAGUACCCACUUGAUGAGAAAGUUAAUAAGGACAGAAAAAAAGGAGUCAAGCGUGCUGCAAAUGGGGCUGCUGUUGUCCCUCUGAUUGAAGAUUUUGAGGAAGAUGAAAUUAAAGAUGCUGAUCAGUUGAUCAAGGAGGAGGCUCAGUACCUUCGUGUAGCAAUGGGACAUGAAAGUGAGCCCCUUGAUGAAUUUGUUGAAGCACAUAGAACUUGCCUUAAUGAUCUAAUGUACUUCCCUACUCGUAAUGCCUAUGGGCUGUCAAGUGUUGCUGGAAACAUGGAGAAGCUUGCAGCUUUGCAGAAUGAAUUUGAGAAUGUCAGAAAAAAGUUGGAUGAUGGCAAGGAGAAGGCGGUACGCGUUGAGAAGAAGGUGAUGGUUCUUACACAAGGUUAUGAGAUGAGGGCAAAGAAAAGUCUUUGGCCACAAAUCGAAGCCACGUUCAAGCAGAUGGACACUGCUGCUACAGAACUAGAGUGCUUCCAAGUUUUGCAAAAGCAGGAGCAGCUAGCUGCAUCGCAUCGCAUAAACAAUAUAUGGGCUGAAGUAGGAAAGCAAAAGGAACUCGAGAAAAUCUUACAAAAGAGAUAUGGGGAUCUUCUGGCAGAAGUGGAAAGGAUUCAAAACAUUAUGAACCAAUACAGGGCGCAAGAAGAAGUUGCUGCUAAGAAGCAUUCUCUUGAGUCAGCUGAGGCUGCAUCUGAUGAUACGAGCAUGCAGGGUGUAGAGAAUCAUGAAAGUGUAUCCCACCCAGAUGAGCAUGGAAAUGCUAUGUUAGUUAAUUCAACACAUGAUGAAACUUCAGGACAGCAAGUAGACCCGGUACAAGCUGAGGCAUCAUCAGGCCCCAAAAAUGAUAUGGAUGCAGAUGGUGAAAAAGAGCAAAUGACACACAACACUGAUGUCAAACUCCAAGACGCGACACCCAUUGCAGAGGAGGGGCUCAGUGCAACAGUUGUACCAGGAAAGAGCACCGAUGAUAGUUGUAUUGUCCAUUCGGAGUCCACUCUAGACACGGAUGCUUCAAAGGACUCAAGUAUUGAGAGAUGUAGGGAGGAUCAAGAUUUGAAGAAUCCAGAUAAUGUGGCCAUAGACUCGCAUGAUGACAGAAUACCCGAAUCCACUGAUCUGAGUUAGGGUGAACAUGAAGCAAAGUUGCUUGGCGGGAAGGUCAGUUAAGAUUGCCGCUGUUUUGGAAAUUUCUGAUGUUGAAGUUGCUUUAUGCCAACUCUCAUGAGGUAUUAAUUGAGCAAUUUUCUAGGAUUGUUAGGCCUGGUCCUUUGGCAGGGUAUCUCCACUAAAUAUAGAUUGAUGCCCGGAUAUUUUAAUAUGGACAAUAUGACGUUUGUAACUUAGCUUCCAAACGUGAACUUUGUGAGCGUUUUUGAGACGGUAACUGGUGAUUUCUCUCAAAUUUUGAGAACUGAACUACAUUUGAGUCCGCCUGCGUGCUUCAAAUUUUUU